CGCCAUCCACUCCGACAAAGCAGGAGGCAUCAAUCGCGGAUGGGUGACGAUGGCCGGCGAAUCCCUCGACCCCGAAGGACAAAAGCAAGGAGAUCCCAAAGAAGCAUUCAACAUCGGCCCACCGUCCCCGCUCCUCCAACUCCAACCACUCCCACCCCCAUUAUCCUCCUCCACCGCCCUCAUCCUCCGCUUCCAAACCGCCUGCCACGCCCUCUGCACCACCAUCCUCAACCUCCUCGGCACCGCGCUCGAAACCCCAGACCCAUCCUGGUUCGCCGUCCGGCACGACCAGUCCCUCGGCCCCUCCGGCACCAUCUUCCGCCUCCUCUACUACCCUCAAACCACCACCCCCUCGCCCUCCUCAGGCCCUUGCAUCCGCGCAGGCGCCCACUCAGACUACGGCUCCCUGACCCUCCUCUUCCGCCUCCCAGGUCAACCAGGCCUCGAACUCCUCACCACCUCGUCCGGGACCUGGAAACCCGUCCCCGUGAACCCGUCCCCGACUACCCUCUCCACUCCCCCGAUCCUCGUCAACAUAGGCGACCUCCUCAGCUUUUGGACGGGCGGCAUGCUGAAGAGCACGGUGCAUCGUGUUACUUUCUCCGGGGGCGAGGAGCGACACAGUAUGGCGUAUUUCUGCCAUCCGCUCGACGAGGUGGAGCUGGUGCGUGUGCCGAGUGCUGUCAUUGAGGGGUUUGGGGAUCGCGGGGAGGGGGAGCUGGAGGUGCAGAGGAGGAAGGUUGGGGUUACGGGGGAGGGGGAGAGGAUCACGGCGAAGGAGCAUUUGAGGAGGAGGUUGGAGGUUACGUAUGGGCUGUGAAUGUGUUUCUGGAUGGCAUUGUGUUGUUUGGGUAAGGGGAGGUCUAGGGAAUGUAGGUAUGUGGGUGGCUGUUUAUGAUUUUGUUGGAUAUAAAUACGCUCGUAGAUGGCGACUCCAGUACCCUCGCUCUCCCCAAUAUCUCAAACCACGGGGGGGAUUGCUCAAUCACUUAUGAUUUACACACAUAUUAGACACAUAUAUCACAUCAGAAUCUCAAGGCACCAUGCAUUUCCAG